CGGGUUGGUCACUUUUUUUAAAAGUAAAUAUUAAAAAAAAGUUAUUCCGUGGAAGGUUUCCAUGUUGCAUGAUGGGUGCGGGCUGACGUACGUGCAUGUGAGCGUUCGUUCGGGAGUUCGUUCUCCGCGCCGCACCUCCGAUCCUCCGAAGCCAGUCGGGUUGCACGCAAUAUCGCCCGGAGCCGAUUCGGCCGCACGCGCGGCUAAAGGCUGCCAACAUCGGCAAGGUCGCGGAUUUCGUUGGCCCCGCAGCGCUCUCGGCGCAGUGGACACCGCCGGGCAAUGGCCACGUCGUCGACGCUGAGCCAGACGCAGCGGUACGCUGCGGGUGCGCUCCUCGCGCUCGCGCUCCGCCAGGCGCAGAUCCACCAGCGCGUCCUUCUCGGCUCCCACGGCCUCGACGAGGGCCCGGACCCUGAGACGGCCGUCCUCUCCAGCGACGACCCCGACGGCCGCGACCUCUGGACCCACGACUCCCGCGGCCUCCUCCGCCCCGUCCUCAGGUUUCUCGAGAUCGACCCCAAGGCCUGGCCGGGCGUGGAGAAGACGGCGGCGACAUCCGAGCCCAAGCACCACAUUGGAGCCUUCCUCCGGAAAGUGUUCGAGGACGAAGACGACGGCGAGAAGGCCGCCGCCGAUAGGUCCGACCUCGAGCUCGCGCUCGCCAAAGCCGUCGACGCGAUGGCGAUGGGCCUGGAGAACGACGUUGCAGCGGGCAACUUGUUCAAACAACACGUGUUCGGCGCCGACAAUGACGAAGAACCGGCUGACGACGGGUCGCCGUCGUCGCCGGGCGGCGGCGGGCGCUCCAAGGACUACCGGAAGAUGGCGGUGCUGUACAUGCUCCUCUCAGCCUGCGUGGCGGACGUGAACAUGGACGAGGACGGCAUGGGAUCCCCCCGCAUCAGGAAGGGCUACGACGCCCGCCACCGCGUUGCGCUCCGGCUGAUCGCGACUUGGCUCGACGUCAAGUGGAUCAAGAUGGAAGCUAUCGAGAUAAUGGUUGCUUGCUCUGCUAUGGCUGCAGCGAAAGAGGAAGAGAAAUCGCGUGAAAGUACGUCGCCGAGAAGCAGGUGGCAGAAAUGGAGGCGCGGGGGGAUCAUCGGCGCCGCCGCCUUGACCGGAGGGACGCUCAUGGCCAUCUCCGGGGGUCUAGCUGCUCCAGCGAUUGCUGCAGGGUUCACUGCUCUUGCUCCGACGUUGCACGCACUUGUCCCUGUUAUUGGGGCUAGCGGAUUUGCUGCUAUAGCCACUGCUGCUGGACACACCGCUGGCUCAGUAGCAGUUGCUGCAUCAUUUGGAGCUGCUGGAGCUGGGUUAACUGGUUCCAAAAUGGCCAAAAGAAUUGGGAAUGUGAAAGAAUUCGAGUUCAAAGCCCUCGGCCAGAACCAUAACCAGGGUCGCCUAGCAGUCUGCAUCAUGGUUUCUGGAUUCGCUUUUAAUGAAGACGAUUUUUUAAAGCCGUGGGAAGGAUGGAAAACUAACUUAGAGAGGUACAUUCUUCAGUGGGAGACUAAGCAUAUAAUUGCCUUGAGUACAGCAAUACAGGAUUUUCUCGCAUCAAGAUUUGCAAUGGAGCUGAUGAGGGAAGGCGCGAUGCAGACUGUGUUAAGCGGUAUAAUUUCAGCAUUUGCAUGGCCUGCUACCUUGGUAGCUGCUGCAGAUUUUAUUGACAGCACAUGGUCCGUUGCUAUUGACAGAUCAGAUAAGGUUGGGAUAAUGCUUGCUGAAGUGUUGCUCAAUGGACUGCAAGGAAGCAGGCCUGUCACUCUCAUAGGUUUUUCACUCGGUGCGCGUGUCGUGUUCAAAUGUUUGCAGGAAUUAGCUCUUUCGGGCAAUAACGAGGGAAUCGUCGAGAGGGCUGUGCUGAUAGGUGCACCGAUUUCAGUUAAUGACGAGUUGUGGGGGCCUGCCAGGAAGAUGGUUGCUGGAAGGCUUGUGAACGUGUACUCCACCAAGGACUGGAUCCUCGGCGUCACUUUCCGGGCGAGUCUGCUCACGCAAGGCUUGGCUGGCAUCCAGGCGGUCCAAGUCCCCGGAGUUGAAAAUGUUGACGUUAGCGAGCUCGUCGUCGGGCACUCCUCCUACCUGGGACUCAUGCAGCAGAUCCUGGAGCAGCUGGAGCUGAAUACUUACUACCCGGUGUUCUCCCCCUCCACGCCCAGGUCCAGCACGCCCAGAUCGAAAUAACCGCGAUGAACUUCUGCUACUCAGGAACGGUGUUAUCUGUGAUGAAUGUAGUCACCAAAGGCUGUAGCUAAUAAAGGAAACUUUUGUUGUAAGGGAAAGGAAAAAACGAUCAGGGUACUUGUAGUCCGUUUUAUCCAUAAGUCUCAGCAUUUUCAUAGAAAUGUUUGACUAGCGAAAUACACAUGCGAGUAAAAAGCUGACACCGUGAGUUUAGAAGAUAUGUCAUUUUAUGCCGGAUCAAACUAUUCAACUCAAGAUCGGAUCGCAUUCCUUGUGGUUAGGAGCAACAUUGUCAGGUUUGAAAAUUGGGUGGGUUGAGCAUGAGAAUUGUUUGUCCCUGUAUGGCUGCAGCCCACACAUUAUACAGAUGUUGCUAAGAGGAUUGAUGCUAAAUUGAAGAUCCUGAGAAAACAUCUCAAAUCAUGGGUCAGGUCUUUAUUUGCGUUGAAGGAGGAAAAUUUUGAUGCCAAUGCAGCGAUCUCCUUGUUCGAUUCGGUUGAGAACUUCAGAGAUCUAUCCCCCUCUUGUCCUUAAGGAGGGAUUUAAUAGAACAUUGGGCUCAUUUGGGAUCCCGGCCCAUUCCCUGGGUGGGAAGCCCGCGCGGAAGAUAUGACCCGGGCCAAUAUUUCUGGACAUUUGGACGCUCGGAGCCACGAGUUUUUUUCGGCCCGAUCCGCAUGACUUCCCCGGGAUAGCGCACCCGCCUCGCGACAUCGGGAGAGAAUCCCCCGUCUCGCUCGCUCGCGGCGCCUGUCUCUGACCUG